AUGCACGUGGCAGUGGUAGCAGUUAACGUGAUAUUGCUCCUAAGCAUGGGGUGGACGUCAGACUCUCUCUGCUCACCCACAGUUUUUUACAGAGAUUGCUGGAUCCGUCGCUUCCCAGGUCUUCUAAUCAAUCUGGAGGAGUCUCAGAAGCUGGGAGCCCAGUUCUUGAAGUAUUAUUCUGAAAGCACUGGCCAGAAGUGCAGUAGGAGCUGCUGUCUUCAGAAGGAUGUUUCCUGUAACCUGGCUGUCUUCUACCACGAUCCUAUUCAUGACAAUAUCAACUGCCUCCAUGUUCACUGCCCAACACUGGAGAGCUGCAUAUUAGAGCCUGGAACCAGUGCCAUUUUGUACAACAUAACAGAUGGUAUAGAUCCAGAUUUGCUGGUUUUUGAACAAUCUUCCACAUAUCUCAAUACUCGUUCUUCAUCCAAGAGAUGGGACAGACUAAGGAUUCUAAAAGCUAUGAAUUUAGAUAAACAAACCACCAUGAUAAAUGGUAUGCUGCCAUCCACAGAGGCUCCAUCCUCAACCACGCAUCAAGAUUUGGUUGUAAACACAAACAGUACCAGUUAUUCCAAGGAAUUAACCACAGAUUUUUGGGCAAGAUUUACUUCCCUGAAUGACUCCAUUACCACAAAGAUAAAUAUGGUGUCACCAAAUACUGAUUUCAUCAGCAAUCCAGAUAAUAAGACUAUUUCUCCUUUCUUUGUACCCAUAGACACAAAACUUUCUCAUAUGCCUAUUCCACCCCUACUCAACAGUAGUAAACAAUUACUGAAUAAAACCAAAGGAUACAACAGCAGAAACCACACAUCUGUGAAUGAAGAUGAGGUAUCUGUGACUUCAAAGGCUUGGCUGGUUUCUGUGGCCCUUUGCACCUCUGUCAUCUUCCUUGGCUAUUGUAUAGUCAUCCUGGCAUCUGGAUGCUGUGGAAAGCAGCAGGGCCACUAUAAACUGAGACAGAGAAAAUCAGGAUCCUAGCAAAUUAAAAAUCGUAACCAUGUGAAGGAGAACUCUUCAUAGUAAAAGCUGUAGCAAGAUUAUAUGCUUUAAAGGAUAUCAUUUUUAGUUUUGUGUAAGAAAGGGCAGUUUAGUGAAAAAAAAAAUUGGGCUGGGCGUGGUGGUUCAUACCUGUAAUCCCAACA